CAGAGGUGAGAAUCGAUCGAGAGCCAGAAUAAGGGGAAGGGAAAGAACAAGGGGGAUGGCAGAAGCGCACCGCACCCUCUUGCUCUUGGUGGUCGCCAUGAGUUGCCUUGUGACCGUGUCACAAGCCCACCAAAAGAUCCACAUCGUCGGAGGCAGUUACGGGUGGAAGAUCCCACCCAACAAGACGUUCUACGAGGAAUGGGCUAAUAAACAGAACUUCUUCGUGGGGGAUAAACUCGUGUUCUUGUACACGACGGGGUUGCAGAAUGUGAUAGAGGCGUCCGAGGAGGAGGAGUUCGUCUACUGCAAGCAGACCAACGUGGAGGACGUGCAGUUCGUGGGACCCACCAUCCUGGAGGUGACGAAGGCCGGUGUCCACUACUUCUACUGCAGCGUUGGCCUGCACUGCGAGGGCGGCCAGAAGCUCCGCAUCAACGUCACCGAUGAAGCCACCACGUGAUCUGCGAUCGUAACUCGUGCUGAGUGCAGCACGAAGAUUUGUGUUGCUGCUUCCUGCAUCCACGUUGUUUCUUUUCGUUCCCUCUUCUUCUUCUUCCCAGGAGAUGAGAAGCGGGAGUCGUCUUCUUAUGUGUGUGCGUGUGUGCGUGUUGUGGUCUUCAUAGUUGAAUCUCUCGUCAGAUUUGUUUGUUCA